AUGGCUCCCCCGACCACCUCCACUGCCACGUCGUCAUCCCCGACGGAAGGCACGUUCGUCGUCAAGGCCGGUCUCGCCAAGAUGCUCAAGGGCGGUGUCAUCAUGGACGUCACGAACGUCGAGCAGGCUCGCAUCGCCGAAGAAGCUGGCGCCGUCGCUGUCAUGGCGCUCGAGCGCAUUCCCGCGGACAUCCGCGUGGACGGCGGCGUGGCGCGCAUGAGCGACCCGGACAUGAUUGAGGCGAUCAAGAAGGCCGUGACGAUCCCCGUGAUGGCGAAAGCCCGCAUUGGGCACUUUGUGGAAGCUCAGAUCCUCGAAUCGAUCGAGAUCGACUACAUCGAUGAGAGCGAAGUGCUGACGAUGGCAGACGAGGAGAACCACAUCAACAAGCACAAGUUCAAGGUGCCGUUCGUGUGCGGGUGCCGGAACUUGGGCGAAGCUUUGCGCCGCAUUGCUGAAGGAGCGGCGAUGCUGCGGACGAAAGGAGAAGCUGGAACUGGAAACAUCGUCGAGGCCGUACGUCACGCUCGCGCAGUGCAGCGGGAGAUCCGUCGGCUGAAGUCGAUGGACGAGGACGAGCUGUUUGUGGCUGCCAAGGAGAUGCACGCGCCGUACGAGCUGGUGAAGGAGGUAGCUACAUCAGGCCGACUUCCGGUCGUGAACUUUGCCGCAGGUGGGGUUGCUACACCUGCUGAUGCUGCUCUGAUGAUGCAACUCGGCAUGGACGGCGUGUUUGUUGGCUCGGGGAUCUUCAAGAGCGGGGAUCCAGCGAAGCGUGCCCGUGCCAUGGUGCAGGCUGUGACCCACUUCAAGGAUGCCAAGAUCCUCAAGGAGAUUUCGACAAACCUUGGUGAAGCUAUGGUUGGUGUGCAAGACUUGAAGGCAGCGUCGGUUAACUUUCGCGACCGUGAGGGCGAACUCCGUGGCGCCUGGUAG